GAGUCAUGGAGGCGAUCUGGCUCUACCAGUUCCGGCUGAUCGUCAUCGGGGACUCCACGGUGGGGAAGUCGUGCCUGAUCCGGCGGUUCACGGAGGGCCGCUUCGCGCAGGUGUCCGACCCCACGGUCGGCGUGGACUUCUUCUCCCGCCUGGUGGAGAUCGAGCCGGGGAAGAGGAUCAAGCUGCAGAUCUGGGACACGGCGGGCCAGGAGCGCUUCAGGUCCAUCACCAGGGCUUACUACCGUAACUCUGUGGGUGGGCUCCUUCUCUUUGACAUCACCAACCGCCGCUCCUUCCAGAACGUCCACGACUGGCUGGAGGAGGCCCGCAGCCACGUCCAGCCCCACAGCAUCGUCUUCCUAUUGGUUGGUCACAAGUGCGACCUGGAGGCGCAGCGCCAGGUGACCCGGCAAGAGGCGGAGAAACUGGCGGGAGCCUACGGGAUGCGCUACAUCGAGACGUCCGCCCGCGACGCCAUCAACGUGGAGCACGCCUUCACCGAGCUGACCAGGGACAUCUUCGCCCUGGUGCGAUCCGGCGACAUCACCAUCCAGGAGGGCUGGGAGGGCGUGAAGAGCGGCUUCGUGCCCAACGUGGUGCACUCGUCGGAGGAGGUGACCAAGAGCGACCGCCGUUGCCUCUGCUGAUCCGGGAGCGGCUCGGGCCUGAGGGGCGGUCAAGGGGCCCGGAGGGCGGCCGGCCGGCGGACCGAGGUGUUGGUUGGAACUGUUGGGGACUCUCUCCUGAUCGUCGCUCUUUGAAAUGGAUGCAAAAAAUGGAAUAUUCGAGGAUUUUCUGUGAAAAUGCUGGUGCACGGUGUCGAAAAAGGUUCUCAAGUGAGACUGACGAGUUCUUUCCGCCUCUGUAUACACUUUAUUUCGAAAAAGGGAGGGCUACCAGAUGCUCAGUGGAAGAUCGGAGGCGCCCACGACGGGAUUCACUUUAGAUUCACUUUGUCUUCCGUCCUUAAAAAAAAACACAAAAAAAACAGCUCUCCCUGAAAGUUUUGCGAAGGCCUUAGAAAGAGGAUCCAUUUUUUUGGGUCUUUAUCGAAACUUGAAAGCCCUCUUGUUUUGCCUUUCUUUCCUUCAUCAUCACUCCUCCCGCUAACUGUCUCUCAGUAUGCAACUAAAUGAUCACAUAAAGGAACGCGUCUUAAUUUUUUUCCUUUUUAGAGAAAUCCUAUACUUCUAUUUCGGCACGGCUGAAAUAAACCAUGCUUGAAUAAACUGUGUCUCUCAUGUGCUGAUAUGACGCUCCACAUUCCAAAGUCAACAGACGAGUCCUGGAGGUCCUGAGUGUGAGGAAGGAACUAUCUCCUGCGUGGACCUGUGAAUCUGUUGCUAUUUUCUCUUUGGAGCCAGUGAGCUGAAUGACAUAGACACAGUUGCAUUCACCAUCAUUCUGUUAAAUAACACUAUAUCUUAACGCCAUCGUCCAUCUAAUUCACAUGGACUUUUAUAGCAGGAUGAAAGGUGUACAGAUUCAAUGACCCAUUGGGGCUAACGGACUCCUAAAAUCCUCAUCUUCCUAUCUUUUUGAGGGGGGAAGGGACGUUGGAUUAAUAGGGAUGUUGGAACCAGAAAGCACCUUAACAGCCCAGUGUGUCUGAACUACCGGGCUCAUUUGGGACAUUUGAAAAGUGCAACUAAGCGAAUUUGGGAUACUUUAUUUCUCGCAAGUCUAAGCCAACAGAGGAACCGGGUUGAGGGAUACGUGAUGAACGGACUCCACAAAAGAAACACUUUACCAAGAAUGCACGCAUUGGACAGUAAGGAACUGUAGCCCGAUGAAACCACGUGGAAAAGGUCCAACUGGAAAACCAGUCCUCCCAGCACAGAUACAGGCACAGUACAACGUCCAUUUCUGUUCACUUGUAACUGCUUUUCAUAUAGUUAUUUUCUUAUAAAUUCACAGAUAGUGUCAAAACAUUUUAAGUUAUCUUUCACACACCCCAGUUUAGCAGGUGGGGGCUAAUCCCAUGAUAAAUGGUUGCAAGGUAUUAUAGUCUUAAGUGGGGCAAAAAUUGUAAAAAUGUGCUUCCGAGAUUACAUUUCAAAUCGUUUGGUGGCUUUAACUAGAUUAAUGCAGUGUAAUACUUUAUAGACCACACUAUGGUUUGAUGGUAAUUGUUUAGGAUCAUGUGUUUACUCACCUUCUGUUGGACAUUUAACUGAGAAGACAACAGUUCUAUAAUGUCUUUCUGGGCCGUUUGUGAGAAAGAAUAAGUGCUUACCCUAGUCAGCUCCAUUUAAAGUGUUGUACUUGAACUCCAAAUACCGCAUUUCCAUAUUCCAAAUGAAAAGGAAAUGGAUCUCCAAAUUUCCAACCACAAAAAUGUUAAAAUCCCUCAAAAUUCAACAUAGUUUGACCUCAGAUUAAACCAGGCUACAGCACCCCUUUUACUUUAUGUUUUGUUAAAUAUUUGACUCACCCUGUGCUGAUUAUAAUCCGCCGUUAUCUCUGGUGUGAUGUCUUUGCCAGGGAUUUCAGUGCCCCCCGCCUGUUCUCGUAUCCUUUUGAUGCUGAACCAUUUCCCUCUUUGUGCUAAGCUAGCACAGCCUGAAGCAGCCAGGUAGGUAGCUCAUCUCAUAGGGAGACGGACGCAUUUCCCCCAAAUAAAUCCCCUGCUUUGAGUUUAAGCUUCUGCCUUGAUUUGUGAGGUUAACGUUUUUACAGAAAUGAUAUCACGGUGCUCCUCUGAAGUAAAGCCAGUGAACCAGAAACAACUCAACAACCCGCUGUUUGUAGACCAGUGC